AUUCUCGAUAGCGACCUUUCUUAAUAUAACAGCUGAUAAGAGAUUGGAAGUGGAAGGAUUUUUGACAUUAGGGGAUUUUCUAAACUUUUUCUUAUAAAUUUUAUCCAUAUAAGGUAAUCUUAUACACUUAUAUUGAAAAAAACAGUAGCUAAAUUUAUGUAAGUUGAAAAAUCGGCCGCCGAAAAAUAGUUAUUAUCGUGUAUAAUCGAGUUGCAGUGUAAAUUCGCUAGGAAAUAUAAUGGACUCUGAUUUAGGUCCCCAACUAAAGAAACGCUCAAAGAUACCCAUCUAUAUCGUAGAAUACCACCACGAAGUCAUACCUUUCAUCUACAGAAACAUCGGAUCCAAACAUUUACCAUUGGAAGGCUCUAUAUUCGUCCAUUUUGAUUCACAUCCAGACAUGCUAAUACCGAAAACCAUGCCAGCAGAUAAAGUUUACAACAAAGAUGAGCUAUUUGAGGAACUCAGCAUAGAAAACUGGAUAAUGCCUGCCGUAUAUGCCGGGCAUUUCGCUCAUCUGGUAUGGGUUAAACCACCGUGGGCUCAACAAAUGAGUAAUGGUUCACGUCAGUUUUCAAUUGGUAAAGAUAAAAUCACCGGAACUAUUAGGUUGGAUUCUAAAGAAAACUACUUUGUUUCUGAAGGAUUGUUUAAGCGUUGUAAUGAUCUGGAAAACAUCAGAAAUGCCCGUUUGGAUGUUUUGACUUUAGGCAAACGCCUUAUCGACGAAAGUGAUGAUAUUAAGGAUCUUAGAAGGAUUUUACUUUAUUUAGACCAACCAUAUAUACUUGAUAUCGAUUUAGAUUUCUUUAGUACGAGUAAUCCAUUUUUAAAUUUGUAUAACAAGGCGAAUAUGUACGAGCAAGUAAAACAAAUCUACAAAUUUAGACCUCCAAAAUCGGAUAACGAUGAAGAUUUGAGAAUAUAUACUGAAGAAAGAGAAAAACAACUGGAAAAGCUGGAAAACCUAUUUAAGUCGAUUCAGGAGAAUAAAGAUUUUCCUUUGGACGAGAUCGAUAAUGAUGAUUCCGUUUUGAAAAUUAAAAUACUACGUGAAAAAAUGCUGGAAAAUUAUAAAGAAGAAGAAAUAGCUUGGGAAUUGGUUCACGAUGCGGGCUGCACGUGCGACGAUUCUGAUCUGCCUCAUCACGUGUCUUCAGAUGAAGAUCUGGAAGUUAUGUUUGAUAGUUUCAAGUCAUUUCUGGAAGAGUUGCCGACUUUGCCUGUUAUUAUUACGAUAUCUCGGUCGACGGUAGAUGAUUAUACACCUGGAGAGGAUGUGGAGCGUAUCCAAGAAAAAGUAUUGAGUUUAUUGAAAGAUAAAUUUAAUUGUAAUGAUCCCGUAUUGAGUUAUAUCGAUGAAAGUAAUUCAGACAGUUAAUGGACUUAGUGAGACUCAAAAUUUGAUUAUAUAGGGUGUCCCUUGAAAGUUUUACUCAAUUUUUUAACGCAUAUUCCUUCAGUAUUUGAGCUAGGGGAAGUAUAAAGUAUAAUUUCAUUUUUGUUUUUUGAUAAUUUACCUAAUGGGAAUAUUAUAAUGUGGUCUUGGUGUUUUUUGACACAAGAAAUUGUAAUUGAAACUUUUAGUACUAAUUUUCUUGUUCCGUCAUGUUAUUAUUUUCAUUUUUCUUGUAUACCGGGUGCGUCUCAAAAGUGGCCCACCCCUGUAACUUUUUUAUCUUUUGGAUAAAAAAAACGAGAUUUGGUAUGUUAGUAUAUGACGCAAAUUAGGAUUGAUCGGCGUAUUGAAUUGUUUUUGGUCAUUUCCUGUUUCACCGGAAAUGAUAACAACAACCAGAAUGGCACCUUUGGUAUAUUUUUACUUUAUUCAAUAGAAAAUGGCGUUCUGAAUAGAAUGACGUAUCAUAUGUCCACUUUUGACGUUUUCGCUUAAAAGAAAAUCAUAUUUUAAAUCUAGAGUGGCAUGGCUGUGCUAAAAACACU